AUGGAUGCUGGCUUGAGCAGCUCUCCAUUGGACUACGGCGAUGGCUUUCUACCUGAUGGCCGAAUUUAUGUCUCUUACGAGGGGGUCGAGUUUGUCCGUUGGAAGGAAUGGCCAGCUUCUGUCUCAGAGGCUACAAAGCUUUUAGCAGUUUCGCCAUACAGGUACGAAGAACUUGAGGAUGAAGAGACGUCGGAAUCUGAGGAGGAUCUCGUGGCGCUCCCUGUCUCAGCUGCAGAGGAGCUGCCAGAGAGAGUGAUCGCCAUCCUUUCUGAGGUGGCAGAGGACAACCUGACCUUGGAUUCUGAAUUGAUGGAUGGUAUUGAUUCCCUGGGUGCAACUCUGGUUAUCAAUAACAUCCAGAUGCAGCUGGGAGUGAACAUUACCGUGACUGAUUGGAUGGAGAUGGAGCGUGUUUCUGAUGUGGUCAACCGUGUGAUGGAGGACUGCAUAGUGUGGUUUGAUAGCACCGAUUCCCCGCGUACCAGCAACACACCAGGGUGCAGCCAAAUCUGGAUGACUUGA